AUGCAAACUGAGCAUGUACAAACUGAGCCUAUACAAACUGAGCCUAUACAAACUGAGCCUAUACAAACAGAGCCCAUACAAACUGAACCCAUACAAACUGAGUCUAUACAAACAGAACAUACACAAACUAAGCCCAUACAAACUGAACCCAUACAAACUGAGCCCAUACAAACUGAGCCUAUACAAACUGAGCCUAUACAAACAGAGCCCAUACAAACUGAACCCAUACAAACUGAGCCUAUACAAACUGAGCCUAUACAAACUGAGCCUGUACAAACUGAGCCUAUACAAACUGAGCCCAAACAAACUAAGCCCAUGCAAACUGAACCCAUACAAUCUGAACCCAUACAAACUGAGUCUAUACAAACAGAACCUACACAAACUAAGCCCAUACAAACUGAACCCAUACAAACUGAACCCAUACAAACUGAGCCCAUACAAACUGAGCCUAUACAAACUGAGCCUAUACAAACAGAGCCCAUACAAACUGAACCCAUACAAACUGAGUCUAUACAAACUGAGCCUAUACAAACUGAGCCUGUACAAACUGAGCCUAUACAAACUGAGCCCAAACAAACUAAGCCCAUGCAAACUGAACCCAUACAAUCUGAGCCUAUGCAAACUGAGCCUAUACAUACUGAGCCUAUACAAACUGAGCCUAUGCAAACUGAGCCUAUACAAACUGAGUCUAUACAAACGAAACCUACACAAACUAAGCCCAUACAAACUGAACCCAUACAAACUGAGCCCAUACAAAUUGAGCCUAUACAAACUGAGCCUAUACAAACUGAACAUAUACAAACUGAACCUACACAACAAGAACCUAUACAAACUGAACCUAUACAAACUGAACCUAUACAAACUGAGCCAUUACAAACUGAGCAUAUACAAACUGAGCGCAUACAAACUUUUACCUACGACACGUAUUGUUUUGUGUCCUCCAAUUCCUGUCUAUAA